UCAGCAUACUUAUUAUGUGCACUAUUCUGACUAACUGUGUAUUUAUGACAUUGAAUAACCCUCCAGGUUGGGCAAAGAAUGUUGAGUACACUUUUACUGGAAUUUAUACAUUUGAAUCCCUUAUAAAAAUUCUUGCAAGAGGCUUCUGUAUAGGUCAUUUUACUUUUCUUCGAGACCCCUGGAACUGGCUUGAUUUUACUGUUAUUGCAUUUGCAUAUCUGACAGAGUUUGUGGACCUGGGCAAUGUCUCAGCAUUGAGAACAUUCAGAGUUCUCCGAGCAUUGAAAACAAUAUCUGUCAUUCCAGGCUUGAAGACUAUUGUGGGAGCCCUAAUUCAGUCUGUGAAGAAGCUCUCAGAUGUAAUGAUCCUGACUGUGUUUUGUCUGAGUGUAUUUGCACUAAUAGGGCUGCAGCUGUUCAUGGGCAACUUGAGGCAUAAAUGUUUGCUGUGGCCCUUAAAUGUAUCUUCUUCUGAAAAUAGAUUUGCUUCAUUCUUCAUUAAUGACACAGUGUUUGACUGGAAGGCAUACAUUGAAAACGAAAAUAAUUUUUAUAGUUUAGAGGGACAAAAAGAUGCCUUGCUUUGUGGUAACAGCUCCGAUGCAGGUCAAUGUCCAGAAGGAUAUACAUGUAUAAAAGCUGGUAGAAACCCCAACUAUGGCUACACGAGUUUUGACACGUUCGGCUGGGCAUUCUUGUCACUGUUUCGACUGAUGACUCAGGAUUACUGGGAAAACCUUUAUCAACUGACACUACGUGCUGCUGGCAAAACAUACAUGAUAUUUUUUCUUCUGGUGAUUUUCCUGGGCUCUUUCUACCUAAUUAACUUGAUCCUAGCGGUUGUUGCCAUGGCCUAUGAAGAACAGAAUCAAGCAACCCUAGAAGAGGCAAAGCAGAAGGAAACAGAAUUUCAGCAGAUGCUUGAACAGCUGAAAAAGCAACAAGAAGCAGCUCAGGCAAUAGCAGAAGCGGCAGCUGAGUUAAGAGAUUUUGGUGGCGAAGAUAGGAUUUGUGGGCUCUCGGAGAGUUCUUCAGAAGCAUCAAAGUUGAGCUCAAAGAGUGCUAAAGAAAGGAGAAACAGAAGGAAGAAAAGAAGACAGAGAGAGCUUUCUGGAGGAGAGGACAAGUUGGAUGAUGAAAAGUUUCCCAAAUCUGAUUCAGAAGGCAAUAUCAGAAGAAAAGGUUUCCGUUUCUCUUUGGAAGGGAAUAGACUGACAUAUGAAAAGCGUUUCACUUCUCCCCACCAGUCUUUGCUGAGCAUUCGUGACUCCUUGUUUUCUCCAAGGCGCAACAGCAGAACGAGUCUUUUCAGCUUUAGAGGUCGAGUAAAGGAUGUAGGAUCAGAAAAUGACUUUGCAGAUGAUGAACAUAGCACUUUUGAAGAGGAUAGCAGAAGAGGUUCUCUUUUUGUGCCACUCAGACAUGAACGGCACAAUAGUAACAUUAGUCAGGGCAGUAGGUCAUCAAGGAGGCUUCCAGUCAAUGGGAAGAUGCAUAGUAGUGUGGACUGCAAUGGAGUGGUUUCCUUGGUUGGUGGACAAACAUCACUCUUGUCGCCUACUGGACAGCUUCUGCCAGAGGUGAUAAUAGAUAAACCAACUACUGAUGACAAUAGCACCACUUCAGAAAUAGAAAUAAAGAAAAGAAGGUCAAGUUCUUAUAAAAUAUCAAUGGAUUUGCUGGAAGAUCCAACUAUAAGGCACAGAGCAAUGAGUAUAGCCAGUAUACUCACAAACACAAUGGAAGAACUUGAAGAAUCCAGGCAAAAAUGCCCACCAUGCUGGUAUAAAUUUGCCAACACUUUCUUGAUCUGGGACUGUUGGGCUCCUUGGUUAAAAGUAAAACAUUUUGUUAGUUUGAUUGUGAUGGAUCCAUUUGUUGAUCUUGCUGUUACCAUCUGCAUUGUUUUAAACACACUGUUUAUGGCCAUGGAAUAUUAUCCAAUGACUGAAGACUUCCACAAUGUGCUUUCAGUAGGAAACCAGGUUUUUACCGGGAUCUUCACAGCAGAAAUGGUUCUCAAGUUAAUUGCCAUGGAUCCUUAUUAUUAUUUCCAAGUAGGCUGGAAUAUUUUUGAUGCAUUUAUUGUUGCCCUUAGUUUGCUGGAGCUUUUUCUUUCAAAAGUGGAUGGACUAUCAGUUCUCCGAUCAUUCAGAUUGUUGAGAAUUUUCAAGUUGGCAAAAUCUUGGCCCACACUAAACAAGCUGAUAAAGAUUAUUGGUAACUCAGUGGGGGCUUUGGGAAAUUUGACGUUGGUGCUGGCCAUCGUUGUCUUCAUUUUUGCUGUGGUUGGUAUGCAGCUGUUUGGUAAAAGCUACAAGGAUUGUGUCUGCAAGAUAUCCAAGGAUUGUGUACUUCCACGCUGGCACAUGCAAGACUUCUUCCACUCUUUCUUAAUUGUAUUCCGAGUGUUGUGUGGAGAAUGGAUAGACACUAUGUGGGACUGUAUGGAGGUUGCCGGCCAAGCCAUGUGCCUUAUCGUUUUCAUAAUGGUCAUGGUGAUUGGAAAUCUAGUGGUACUGAACCUGUUUUUGGCCUUGCUGCUGAGCUCAUUUAGUUCAGACAACCUUGCUGCUAUAGACGAUGAUAAUGAAACGAACAAUCUGCAGAUCGCUGUGGCAAGGAUUCAGAGGGGAAUAGAUUAUGUGAAAAGAAAAGCAUGUGAAUGUGUCCAAAAAACCUUUGUUAAAGGACAAAAAGAUGUAGCUGAAGUAAGAUCAACCAGUCAGCUAAACAACAAAGGAGACAACUACACUACCAACCAUACUGUAGCUGAAAUGAAUAAACAUCUGAAUAAUCACAAAGAUAAUAAUGGAACCACUGGUGUUGUAGGCAAACAUGAUUAUGCAUCAUUCAUACACAACCCAAGCCUUACUGUGACUGUACCAAUUGCUACUGGGGAAUCGGAUUUUGAACAUUUAAAUACAGAAGAAUUUAGCAGCGAGUCAGAGCUGGAGGAAAGCAAAGAGAAAUUAAAUAUUUACAGCUCAUCUGAAGGUAGUACAAUUGAUAUAAAUUACCUUGGAGAAGAAAAAGCAGAUUUUGAAUCAGGAGACGCACCAGAACCAAAGGCUUGUUUUGCAGCAGGCUGUGUACGGAAAUUCAAGUUCUGUCAAGUCAGCCUAGAAAAUAAGAGAGGAAAAAUCUGGUGGAAUCUUCGAAAAACCUGCUAUAAGAUAGUAGAACACAACUGGUUUGAAACCUUCAUUGUCUUCAUGAUUCUCCUCAGCAGUGGUGCUCUGGCUUUUGAAGAUAUAUAUAUUGAAAAGCGUAAAACUAUCAAGAUCGUGCUAGAAUACGCUGAUAAGAUCUUCACUUACAUCUUCAUUCUGGAAAUGGUGCUAAAAUGGGUGGCCUAUGGUUUUCAAACCUAUUUCACUAAUGCCUGGUGCUGGCUGGACUUCCUGAUUGUUGAUGUUUCCUUGAUAAGCUUAACAGCUAAUGCCUUGGGCUACUCUGAACUUGGCCCAAUUAAAUCACUUCGAACACUACGAGCUUUGAGACCUUUGAGAGCCUUGUCACGAUUUGAAGGAAUGAGGGUGGUUGUGAAUGCCCUUUUAGGAGCAAUACCAUCUAUUAUGAACGUACUUCUGGUUUGUCUUAUAUUCUGGCUAAUUUUCAGCAUAAUGGGAGUAAAUUUGUUUGCUGGCAAGUUCUUCUCCUGUGUUAACACUACAAGUGGUAACCCUUUUCCAAGAAAAAUGAUUGAGAAUAAAACUGAUUGUGAGAAUUUUAUGAAAAGCCAUGAAGAUGUCCUGUGGAAAAAUGUGAAAGUAAACUUUGAUAAUGUUGGAGCUGGCUAUCUUUCUCUGCUUCAAGUAGCUACAUUUAAAGGAUGGAUGGUUAUCAUGUAUGCAGCUGUUGAUUCCACAGAUGUAGGCCAGCAGCCCAACUAUGAAGAAAGCCUGUAUAUGUAUUUUUACUUUGUCAUCUUUAUCAUCUUUGGGGCAUUCUUCACUUUGAACCUUUUCAUUGGUGUCAUCAUAGACAACUUCAACCAACAAAAAAAGAAGCUUGGAGGUCAAGACAUCUUCAUGACAGAAGAGCAGAAGAAAUAUUACAAUGCAAUGAAAAAGCUGGGAUCCAAGAAACCACAAAAACCUAUACCUAGGCCAGCGAACAAAUUCCAAGGUUUGAUGUUUGAUAUUGUAACAAAACAAGCAUUUGAUAUCAGCAUCAUGAUUCUUAUCUGCCUCAACAUGGUCACAAUGAUGGUAGAAACUGAUGACCAGAAUGAUGAGACGAAACAUAUUUUAUACUGGAUUAACGUGGUCUUUAUUGUCCUUUUCACUGGAGAAUGUGUUCUCAAAUUAAUUUCACUCCGUUAUUACUACUUCACCAUAGGCUGGAACAUUUUUGAUUUUGUGGUUGUCAUUCUCUCCAUAGUAGGUGUGUUUUUAGACAAGGUGAUUGAAGAAUAUUUUGUGUCCCCUACCUUGUUCAGAGUUGUCCGACUCGCCAGAAUAGGUCGGAUUCUGCGUCUCAUUAAGGGUGCUAAAGGGAUCCGCACUCUGCUUUUUGCUUUGAUGAUGUCUCUUCCCGCUUUGUUUAACAUUGGUCUCCUGCUUUUCCUGGUCAUGUUUAUCUAUGCUAUAUUUGGAAUGUCCAAUUUUGCUUAUGAGAAGGAAGAUGGGAUUGAUGACAUGUUCAACUUUGAAACUUUUGGCAACAGCAUGAUCUGCCUAUUUCAGAUUACCACAUCUGCUGGUUUGGGAUGGCUUUUAGCACCAAUUCUUAACAGCGGAGAACCGGACUGUGAUCCUAAUAAACCUCACCCAGGAAGCUCUGUUAAAGGAGACUGUGGUAACCCUUCAGUUGGGAUUUUCUUUUUUGUCAGUUAUAUUAUCAUCUCAUUUCUAGUUGUAGUAAACAUGUAUAUUGCUGUUAUUUUGGAGAACUUCAGUGUUGCUACAGAAGAAAGUGCCGAGCCCUUGAGUGAGGAUGACUUUGAGAUGUUCUAUGAAGUUUGGGAAAAGUAUGAUCCAGAUGCAACCCAGUUUAUAGAAUACAGUAAACUAUCUGAUUUUGCAGCCUCUUUGGAUCCUCCUCUUCUUAUAGCAAAACCAAACACUCUUCAGCUUAUUGCAAUGGAUCUGCCCGUGGUAAGUGGUGACAGAAUUCACUGCCUUGACAUCUUGUUUGCUUUUACAAAGCGUGUUUUGGGGGAAAGUGAUGAGAUGGAUGCACUUCGAAUACAAAUGGAAGAUCGUUUUAUGACGGCUAAUCCUUCUAAAGUCUCCUAUGAACCAAUUACCACCACAUUAAAACGAAAACAAGAGGAAGUAUCCGCUACUGUUAUUCAGCGAGCUUACAGACAUUACCUUUUAAAACAAAUGGUGAGAAAAGUUUCAUUGAUGUAUCACAAAGGAAAGCAUAGUCUGCCUAUCAAAGAAGAUAUGACUCUGGAUAAGCUAAGUGAAAACUCAGCUGCAGAAAAAACAGAUAAGACCCCCUCCACAACUUCUCCACCUUCCUACGAAAGUGUAACAAAGCCAGACAAAGACAAAUAUGAAAAAGACAAUUCAGAAAAAGAAGACAAAAGUAAGGACACCAGGGAAAGUAAAAAGUAAAAGGAAACAAAGAAUUCCAUUCAUCACCAAUCGUUUACAGCUUGAGAAAGUGACAUUUAUGUCAACAGGGUUCCUGUAGGAGGUCUACACCAGUGACAACUUUUACACAUACAUGCACACACACACCCUUUAAUGUCAGUGCCUAUAUCAAGACAGUGACCUCUUGUCAUCAAACUAUGACUCUGUAGGGUAACAGCCUUGCCAAGAGAUUAUUAUUACCAGCUGGUACUGAUGAAGAGGAGACACAGUAUUGCUACUCAGACCGUUAGGAACAUUAAAGGAUGCAAAUCUAUAAUUCUUAAAAUGCGUGUGUGUUAACAACAAAUACUUCAGCGGCGUAAUUAUAUCCAUUCUCUGCAUUUCAACGGCCAUGUUUGUCCUACUUUUAAAAUGUCUGUUGGUGCAGUCAUUUGUCUUAAUUCACAGAUUUUUAUAUGUGGUUCUUUUAUGUUAGGAAAAGGAGAUACGUGCUCUUUCACAGGUAUUCAAGUGUCAGAUACUAUUUAUGUGGCAUGGUUCUUAACAAGCUAAUUAAAAAGCGAGGUCCCUGCCCCUGUGACCUUAAACCUAAAUCCGAUCAGUGCCAUCACAAAAAGAUGACAAGACCAUGGGGAAUAUAAACAAGACAUCAAUAAAUACCAGUAGAGGAGUCUGUCCUUGGAAGAGGGCAGUUAUUCUCACAGAGAGCUGAUUCGUUUAUUAGUUCCACUUUUUUCUUUUUGGUUACUUAGUUUUUGGUUUUCUUAAAAAAACAUUUUUUACCUAUUAUUUUAAAGUCUAUA